AUGUCCGUACGUGAAGAUCGAAUGCGUGGUGGUCGUAAUAAAUUUGGCUCUUACUAUAAACGUGAUCGUGCGCAACGUAUGCAGAGAAUAGCAUUACGAACCAAUGGAUCACAAAAUUUCUUCGCUCAAAACAGUGCUGAACAGCAAGUAUCAAGCAGUACUCCACCUGGAAUAUCUACUACAACAUCUGAAAGUGUGGCUGUAGCAACGCAUGCGCAAUAUUUUGACAUGAAUGGAGCACAUAAAUUCAAAAAUGAUUAUGAUGCAUUGCUACAAUCUCCAACAUUGUCAAGCAGUACACAACCAACGAAUAGCUAUGUCAUGCCAAGACCUAGUGCAUAUUUACCAAAUUGUGAUAAUUUGGCAGCUUUACUUGGUUCAUCAAUGGAUGAUCCAUUAUUGCGUACUUCAUCAUUUCCUAUUUAUUCAUGUGUUAAACCUGAACCAUUUGAUGGCUAUACUGAUACAAGUUUUCCACAGCCAACACUGCCUACCGAUUACUCGCCAUUUUGUCCUCCAAGCUCAUCUUAUACUGCAAUGACCGCUAUGGCACCUAUAGCGGUGGCUACACCAACUCCACCAUCUGGCACCGCGGCUGACCGUUCUUCUCCCCUUCUACCUAUUUGUCCUUUACCUACUGAGAAAACCAUCGAUAGUGUUUUUUAUACUCCUCCAAAACAAACGGCUCUUUUAUGCAGUUGUACAGAAUCUUUGUUAGAUCCAAAUCUCCUUUUGCACUUAUUAGGCAAAGGUGACAAAAGUCGAGAUGCAUUUCAGUUCUGUAAGUCAGUUAUUGAAGAAAGUCUCAAUUCUAUUGUGACAUGGGCUAAAAAUGCUCCAUAUUUUGAGCAGUUACCGGUUGAUGAUCAAAUAGCCUUAAUUUGUACAUCAUGGGCACAAAUCCAUGUUCUCGACUUUACAUAUCACAUUCUUUAUAAUCAUUUACCAAUUUCAAUACAAUUUGGCAAUUCUCCAUUACCUAUGUCAACUAUAUGCUUGAUGGGAUUUGAUACACUCUCACCAAAAUUUAAUGAUUUAUGCAAUAAAUUACAAUCGUUGAAUUUUGAUCGUUGUGAUUAUGCAGCAUUUAAAGUGAUCACACUUUUUGAAGAAAGAGGUGAACGAAGCGCGGUAAACAAUUGUUCUUUGACUGCUCAAGUCCACGCAUCGGUGCUCACAGCAUGGGCAGUUUACCGUUCCAUUUCGGUUGCUACUGAUCAUCCCUUAUACGUUGUUUACGAGGAGUUGAAGCUUCUUGCGCGUCAAGCAGCUCAUCUACUGAGCAAAUACUCAACUGUGGGAAUGGAAGAAAACUUAUUAAAGGAAAUGCUUACACGUAAAGAACAUCAUUUACUCUCGCAACAACCGUCACUAUCUACACUUCAAGCACAAUAUGGAUGA